UAUUAACUAGUUGAUAAUGUUUAUUUUUCAAUUUUUAUUUAAGAUAAUUUAAAAUUUUGUAAAUGUAUUGAGUAAUAGUCCUCAAAAUGGAUUAUGAAUUUAGUGAUGAGCAGUGUUGUGUUAAGUGUCAAGAGGCACUAAAUUCCUUACACAAAUGGUAUUAUAUGGACAAUUAUGGAGUCCAACAGGGCCCAUUUGACAGUUUCUUUAUUUUGUUUUAUAUUAAUUCAAACUACUUUGAGGAGAAUUCAGCGUUUUUCAUCCAGGAUACGUUCAACGGCACACCUUCUAACUUUAACACUCUUUUAAACUAUCUUGAUACCAUUGUCGAGGAUGUGAAGAGUCACUCGAAUAAUCUCUUCACCUGUACACAUUUCAUGGAGAAUUUUUAUUCAAUUGAAGACUGUACAGUUUUCGACGGUGCUCAACUUCCUGAUGGAGUUUCUGCCUUUAAACAGGCUGAUGAUGUUCGAUUAAGCACAGAUAACAUGUACGCCACCGUUUCACCCCAAUCUAGCGCUGAGUUCCAUUCUCCUAACAGCGCUUUUGAAUUUAAUAAUGAAGAACUACAUAAGGCGCAAACAAAAACUAUAUUAAAAAAGAGAGUAGAAGAUAAUUUAAAGGAAGCUGAGGCGCAUCUUCAGAGAGUGAAUUCGAGGAAGGUCACUCACAGGUUUGACAGUCAACUUUUGGAUGAAUCUCCAACCAGUCAAGAAUUUAGUUAAAAUGUUAAUUCUAGACGUCUAACAUUGAGCGAAGACCAGUAACAAUCUCUUCAUGUAAAUCUUUGAAUAUUUUAGCAUAUUC